GCUACGUUCUUCUAGCAACCUCCUUUCAUUCGUUUCUCUACUCAGCUUUCUUAUCUCUCUCUCUCGCUCGCAAAGCUCUUCCUUCUCCCUUCGUCGACCAUUUGAUUUACGGGAGUGUACUGAGCUUAAAAUGGCUCUACUACAAUUUGGAAGUACUUGCGUUGCUCAAUUUGCAGUGAGAGCUUAUUAUCCGAGCAGAGUCGAAUCAACUCGUCAUCAAAAUUCCAUGAGACCAAUUAAUUGGUUGGGAACUACAAGGUCGAGUAUGUUCUCAAAUGGUUCCUUGCCCUUCUUGUCGAUGACGGGAACGUCCAGAAAUAUGCAUCCUCGCAGAGGAUCUCGCUUCACUGUAAGAGCUGAUGCGGAUUACUAUUCGGUCUUGGGAGUUUCAAAAAAUGCAACCAAAUCUGAGAUUAAAAGCGCUUAUCGGAAGUUGGCUAGGAAUUACCAUCCGGAUGUGAACAAGGAUCCUGGUGCAGAAGAGAAAUUCAAAGAAAUAAGUAAUGCUUAUGAGGUCUUAUCAGAUGAUGAAAAGAAAUCUCUUUACGAUAGGUAUGGUGAGGCCGGAGUUAAAGGUGCUGGUGGAAUGGGAGGCAUGGGGGAUUUUAGUAAUCCGUUCGAUCUAUUCGAGUCAUUAUUCGAAGGCAUGGGCGGGAUGGGAGGAGGUGGAAUGGGUAGAGGUUCAAGAAGCAGAGCCGUGGAUGGUCAAGACGAGUACUACACACUAAUCUUGAACUUCAAAGAAGCUGUUUUCGGGAUGGAGAAAGAGAUAGAGAUAUCUCGGCUCGAGAGCUGCGGGACUUGCGAUGGCUCAGGUGCAAAACCAGGAACCAAACCGACCAAAUGCACCACGUGUGGCGGACAAGGUCAAGUGGUUUCAUCAGCAAGAACUCCUCUCGGCGUGUUCCAACAAGUCAUGACUUGCUCUUCCUGUAACGGCACCGGAGAGAUCUCGACUCCGUGUGGUACUUGCUCAGGAGAUGGACGCGUGAGGAAGACGAAACGGAUAAGUCUCAAAGUACCGGCUGGGGUUGAUUCCGGUAGCCGGUUAAGAGUGAGAGGAGAAGGCAAUGCCGGGAAGAGAGGCGGUUCACCGGGAGAUUUGUUUGUUGUUAUAGAGGUUAUACCAGACCCGGUUUUGAAACGUGACGAUACUAACAUUCUCUACACUUGCAAGAUAUCGUAUAUCGAUGCGAUUCUUGGGACGACUUUGAAAGUACCGACGGUGGAUGGGACGGUGGAUUUGAAAGUACCGGCGGGGACACAGCCGAGCACGACGCUGGUGAUGGCGAAAAAGGGAGUUCCGGUGUUGAACAAGAGUAAUAUGAGAGGGGAUCAGUUGGUGAGAGUGCAAGUGGAGAUACCUAAGAGAUUGAGCAAAGAGGAGAAGAAGCUUAUUGAGGAGCUUGCUGAUAUGAGCAAGAACAAGACUGCUAAUAGUAGCAGCAGUAGAUGAUUAGAAAGAAAGGAAGUUUUGACAUUUGGAAAUGUGAUUCUAAUAUAUAUAAUUAUAUAUACACAUUGUUCUGCUCUAUUAGCUUUUCAAAAUUGGAAUGGCUCUUGGAAAGAGGAAGCUUUAAAGAAGCAAAGGGAGGAAGAUGAUAAUUUGUUGUUGUGGUGAAGAAAAUUGGAAUAACAUUCAUAACUCUUUGAUUUUGUUGUUCGAA